AGUCGUUCAAAACCCAAACGAUUCCUCAUUAAUUCACUCCUCCUAUCGCGGAUGCCAGCGUGUUUUCACCGAGGAUUUUCCCUCUCGUGGAAGAUGGAGAUCAAACGCUGAACAGCAGAGAACGAUGAAAACAUUGAAUUGGGAAAGACUCUGGUUAGAUCUGAUGUGUCUGUAUGACUUCAAGCACAAACACGGCUGUUUCUUGGGUAAAGAUGACAAUGGACAUCUGGUUACAUCUGGAUAGAUAGAUGGAGAGUGAGAAUAAAAGGUGAAGUCGCGCUGAUAUAAACACAGAGCUGUGCGUGUGUGUGUGGAAGGGAUCAACUGAUGCAACCAUUCCAGUGGUGUUACGGGUGCUUCUGCAGUUUGGGAUUGAUCUUCUCCAAUAAGACGUGCACCAUGCCACCCGUGACGUUUCAGGACCUGCCUCUCAACAUCUACAUGGUGAUCUUUGGGACAGGGAUCUUCGUCUUUGUGCUUAGCCUCAUAUUCUGUUGCUACUUUAUAAGUAAGCUGAGACACCAGGCACAAAGCGAGAGGUUUGGAUAUAAAGAGGUCAUCUUGAAAGGAGACACAAAGAAGUUGAAUCUCCACGGGACGUGUGCCGUGUGCCUGGAGGACUUCAGGGUGAAGGACGAACUGGGAGUCCUGCCGUGCCAACACGCCUUCCACAGGAGGUGUGUGGUGAAGUGGCUGGAGGUGCGGUGUGUUUGCCCCAUGUGUAAUAAAGCCCUGGGUGGAGGAUCAGAGCAGCACCACAGUAUUGGCACUCUGCUGGACGAGCUGGUCUAGAGAAGACCAAAAAUGGUUUGAGAGACACUUUAAACGUCAAUGAUAUUAUUAGAAAACUGACUCGGAGCUGAGAGGCUUUCUGGCUGACGCAAGCCGUAUCUCAGACUGGAACAUAGGAGAAACAUGGCUGAAGAAGAAGGAGCUGAACUGAUCCAUGCACAUUCCAGUGAUGUUCUAUACACUGCCACUUACCUUAACACUGCCACUGAGUAGACUGAGAUGGUUGUACACAAUGCUGCGUGAGUGUGUGUGUGUGUGUGUGUGUGAGAGAGAGAGAGUGUGUGAGUGUGAGUGGGUUUUAUCACUAACUCCAGCUACAUUCUAACAAACUAUCCACUGUCUUUCUGAAACACCAGCACCGAUUCAUAAGUUUCUUUUUUAAUCUUUAAAAGUGUUUCUAGACUCGUAGCAAACCUAGGAUUUUGCUAGGAUUAGCUAGUUUUUUUCUUUUCCCAGGCUUCUGUUUACAAUUUUCUGGGCCAGAAAUUAGCUCCACUCCGAGUCACAUCUAUUUUGUCCUACAAUGCUAUCCACGAGAUUUUAAGGCUGCAGAAGAAGUAGAAGAAGGUAAUAGCUUGUUACACAGAUUGAGACAGGUCUAUAUCACAUACUGCUUCUUUAAUGUUAAACAAGCAGCCAGCUUUUCUAACAACUUCUCUAGAUUAAUAAUAAUAUUAAUAUUUUAGGUUAUACGGAGACAUGGUAUGAGAAAUAUGGCCACUAAGCAUAAAUAAGCAUAAUAAAACUUGUUAGCCUAGUUCAUUAGCUAAUUCAUGCCUAGCAGCCAUAUUUUGCGUGUUCUUUUACCGUAAAAUAUUUAUCCUAAUUGAAAUUCUUCCCCAAGUUGGAAGAAUGCUCUAGAAAUACAUACAGCUUCUUUAAUUUUAAACAAACAACCACUUGUUUUAUUUGUCGUAUUGCUUUUCUAAUACGGUUAAGAAGAAUAUAUAUUAAAAUGUUUUAUGGAAUACAAACACAUAGCUACGAAACACACAGCUGUAGAGUAUUUUGUAGCAGAAACAAGACAAACCCAUCAGAAAUAUCAACGUUUACCUCAGAUAUGCUGAUAAAUUAGUAAAAUAUUGCUGUAAGACUAAAAUUACACUGUAAUUACAUUUAGCAUUGACUGCUAAACGAUUCCGCCAUAAUGAAAAAAAUUAACAACUCCUGAAUGGGAAGCUAUUAAAAACAUUUCAUCAGAGAAGUAAUGAAUAUUUAAAUAUUGUGUUGUGUGUGUGGAUUUCUCUUGAAAAUUCAGUAAAUACACAACCUCGGUUUUCACACAGAACCCUUCAUGUAGGAUAAACUAGCUAGUGAAUAAGAUUCUAGCUAGAAGACUCGGUUAGAUUAUAACAUAGUUUUUUUUUAUUUUUUUUAUGGCUGAUCCAAAGACAAAAAGCCAGCGGAAAUUAGACAAAACUAUCAGGAAAGUCAUCAUCUCUCUCAGAUACAUUGAUUAGGUUACAAAUAAAAAAGAUUUGUACAACUCGAAUUACUGUUAUAGCUAAAUCGCUAGCCAAGCUGCAAUCUUAGCUAAGAAGAAGACGAUCUUGCAUAUAGUCACGUUUAUCAAAUAUUUCCAUAUUAGAAGAUUAUAUUCAAUUAAAUAUAUGAUCAUUAAACCAAUUUCAAGUCAUUUUUACUAUUUUCAGGUUAUCAGAUAAUGUUUUUACUUUUAAGUUUUUGUUUCUAGAAAGAUUAUCUGCUAAUGUGAUCAGAAAAAAAACUUGAGAUUUAUAAAACAAUCCAAAUCUGACUGAAUGAUUUUUUUUUUUUGAUUUAUAAUAAGAAAUAUUUGAUAUAUUUGCCCAUACACAAGAUAUUUAUUGGUCUUUGUGAUUUUUUUUUUGUAAUUGCGGAUGCCGGAAAAAGUGGGUCCUUUGUAAUAAAUAAACAAAUGAAGUUUUUUUUUUUUUUUUAUGUAAACACACACCAAUCUGAAUGUAGCAAGAGAAAAACUGAAUCUAUGUUUUGUUUCUUUUUAUAAUCAAUAGUGAAAUAUUUGUAAUGUAUAUGUAAAAAAAAAAAAAAAAACAGAAGAAAAAAACAGAAAAAGGGAGGUUUAUCACCCAACGUUUGUUCAUGUGGAAUUCACGGAAUUCGGCACUGAAGCCUGUUCACAAGUGUAUCAACUUUUUCUCUCUUUGUGUCUUUCUGUUUUGUAAAAUGGUUAAUAUUCAUGCUGAAACAUUUUGUUUGUCAGUGUUCAGUAUAAAUCAGAACUGCAAUGUA